CAGCAGUAGUCUCUCUUUCUCCCUCUAAGUGGCUCUUUUCCCUUGUUCCCACAGAAUGCCUUAAAUGAGAACGGUAGCUGAGAACUCUUCCGUGGCAGAGUUUAUCCUCGCAGGCUUAACCAACCAGCUGGAACUGCAGGUCCCCCUCUUCUUCCUGUUUCUAGGUUUCUAUGUGGUCACGGUGGUGGGGAAUCUGGGUCUGAUCAUGCUGAUUGGACUCAACUCUCACUUGCACACCCCCAUGUACUUUUUCCUCUAUAACUUGUCCUUCAUAGAUUUCUGCUAUUCUACUGUUAUCACUCCCAAAAUGCUGAUGAGUUUUGUCUCAAAGAAGAACAUCAUCUCCUACGCAGGCUGUAUGACUCAGCUCUUCUUCUUUCUUUUCUUUGUCGUUUCGGAGUCCUUUAUCCUGUCAGCAAUGGCGUAUGACCGCUAUGUCGCCAUCUGUAAACCACUGGUGUACAUAGCCAUUAUGUCUCCUCAGGUCUGCUUACUUCUUUUGCUGGGUGUCUAUGGGAUGGGAUUUGCUGGGGCUAUGGCCCACACAGCAUGCAUGGUGAGACUCACCUUCUGUGACAACAAUAUGAUUGACCACUAUAUGUGUGACAUACUUCCCCUUCUCAAGCGCUCUUGCACCAGCACUUAUGUAAAUGAGAUGGUAGUUUUCCUGGUUGUGGGCAUUGAUAUUGGUGUGCCCACUGUUACCAUCUUCAUUUCUUAUGCCCUCAUCCUCUCUAGCAUUCUCCGUAUUCGUUCCACUGAGGGCAGGUUCAAAGCCUUUAGCACCUGUACUUCCCACAUAAUUGCAGUUUCUCUUUUCUUUGGUUCAGGGGCAUUCGUGUACCUCAAACCUUCUUCUCUUUUACCCAUCAACCAGGGGAAAAUAUCUUCCUUGUUCUACACCACUGUGGUGCCUAUGCUCAACCCGUUAAUCUAUAGCCUAAGGAAUAAGGAUGUCAAAAUUGCUUUGAAGAAAACUGUGAGCAAAAAAUCAUUCUCCUGAGAAAGGGGCAGUACUUA